AUGGAAAGUCAAAAAUUAAAAGACGUAGCUUUGAUUGCAACAAGUGCAUUCACAGUUUACACGAUAGCAAAGAAAAUUUAUCAAUCUAUAUAAAAAAAGCAAAUAGAAAAGAAAAAAUUAAUAGAUUUAAUAGGGAAUACUCAUCUCAUUUAUCUAGAGUCUCUUUCUAAAUUGACUGGAUGUGAAAUAUAUGCUAAAUGCGAAUUUAUGAAUCCAGGAGGUAGUAUUAAAGAUAGAACAUGCAAAUAAAUAAUAUUAGAUGCUAUUAAAGAUGGAGAACUCAGUAAAGAGAAAAAAUUUAUUUAUGAAGGUACUUCUGGAAGUACAGGUAUAAGCUUAACACAACUAGGAAAUUCAAUGGGCUUUUAAACUAAAAUAUUUUUACCAGAUGAUCUUGCUUAGGAAAAGUAUUUGAUUUUAGAAACUAUGAAAGCAAUACUUGUUAAAGUUAAGCCAUGCUCUAUAGUUGAUAGCUAGCAUUACUGCAAGUUAGCUGAAAAUCAAGCAGAAGUAGAUGGUGCUUUUUUCUCUGACUAAUUUGAAAAUUUAUCAAAUUUCAAAGUACAUUACAAUUCUACUGCUAAAGAAAUAUACACCCAAACUCAUGGAUAGAUAGAUAUUUUUGUAAGUGGCUCAGGAACUGGUGGCACAAUUGCAGGUGUUUCAAGAUACAUCAAAUCUAAAAAACCCUAAGUUAAAGUUAUUUUAGCUGAUCCUUAAGGAUCAUCUUUAAGAAAUAAAGUCAAUUAUGGAAUUUGCUAUACAGGCGAAGAAGCUGAAGGACACCGCUUGAAGCAUCCUUUUGACACCAUAACUGAGGGAAUAGGUCUUAAUAGAUAAACAGACAAUUUUAAUGAGGCAUAAAUUGACAAAGCUUUUUUGGUAACUGAUGAAGAAGCCUUAGAAAUGGCUCAUUUUUUGAUUCAAAACGAAGGUCUAUUUUUAGGAAGUUCAAGUGCUGUUAAUGCUUGUGCAGCAGUUAAAUCAGCAAGACUCUAUGGAAAAGGUAAAACAAUAGUAACCAUAUUCUGUGACAGUGGUAUGAGAUACCUUAGCAAAUUUUACAAUCCAUAAUAUCUGGAAAGCAAGGGAAGGUAAUACACACCGAAAGACUACUCAAAAGAGUUCAAUUUAGAUUUUGUUCUCUGA